UGCCUGUAAUCUGAUUUCAAAAGUCGACAAAGCGUCUUCAGAUAAAUACAAAACAGCUUGGGCGUUUUAUUUCUAUUCGCACCAGCUCAGCGGAAUAUCUGUAAGUGUGAGCUCCCAGGUGUUUAAGCCAUACUCUCGCAGAAGUGGGACAAUCAAGAAGGAAGUGUUGAAAUGUAUGAACAUCGUCCAAACAGCUGCUAUAACUGGCAUCCGAUAAGAUAUUUAAAAUUACUGAAGUCUAAUAUACAGAAGGUAAACGUGGACUUAGUAAUGAAAACGCAACGUAAAUUUCACGAUUCUUCGAAAAAUUGUGGUUUCAUAGCAGCAAUUAAAGAAACUGCGUCUUUGAACUACGUAAAAAUAAGGGUCCAGAAGUUCAAGAGACCAGUUGCAAUAAUGAUUCAAAAACGGCCGUUCCUGAACUUAAAAGAUCAUGGAAAAAAUUCGCUCCAGUAUGCUAUAAAAACGCCAGUGUUUUAUGAAUGGUUGCAAUGCAAAAAUACCGAGAAGUAAACGAGCUUAUUUCAAUUCCUUCAUGCAGCUGUCAAGAAAGGAUUCAAAUGGACCCUAAGUCGCAAUGUUGUUCAAAGCGAUUAAUAUUAUAUAAAAUUCAAAAAUGGAUACAACUCGUGUAUUUUAAAGAUAUGUAAUUUACUCGAGGCAUAGCUAUCAAACCAAUAUAUUUGACGUUUGUAUUUAA